AUGGAGGACCCGUCAGGCGACGUGCAGGCCGUGUGGCAGUGCGAGGACGUGCUGGCGCGGCUGUGGGCCAGCGGCGCGUUUGACGACGCCAAGAGCAUCGUUGACAUGGCCGUGCUCACUGGCGUUGACGCCCUCAGACUCGCGCUUACUGCAGCCAACGAGCUAUCGGCAGAGGAAGCUCGGCGAAUCGUGUCUCAGCACCUGGCGCCGGCAGGCGCGGAUCUUCAUGCCUUCACUCCCCCUGACUUCCAUCCACAUCCGCCCUCCUUCCUCCCGCGUGUCGCCCACCCGCCAACCCGCCAGUGGGCUCUCUCCGUGCAUCGCCUCUGGCCGCUCCUCUCCUUCCGCACUGCCCCUCCUUCCACCGCCGCUGCCACUGCCACGGCCUCCCAUCCUGUGCGCGCCCUUCCAGCUAUUCCCAGCGCGCAUCCCCCCUGCGCUGAUUCAAAGCGCAGUGCAUGGGGGGAACGGGGAGUCGACGCGGGGGCGGCGCCUGAGGUACAGCAGCAGGAUGACGGGGGGCAGGGGAGGGGAGCACCGCAUGAUGGGCUGGUGAUGCAGGGAGGUUCGCUGCUGGCGCUGCCACAUGCGCCGGUGAUAAUACCGGGGGAGAGGUUUAGGGAGAUGUACUACUGGGACACUUACUGGGUCAUCAGGGGGCUGCUGGUGAGUGGAAUGCUGGACUCUGCCCUGGCGGCCGUGCGCAACCUGCUGCAUCUCGCCCGCACGCACGCACAUGUUCCCAACGGCUCCCGCGCUUACUACCUCAAUAGAAGCCAGCCGCCACUGCUGAGUCACAUGGUGCGCGCAGUGCAUGCAGCGCUGCAGGCGCAAGGGCAGGGAGAGCAUGGCCAGCACGCACAGCAGGAUGGGGAGGCGUCAGCGGGGAGUGAGGGCGCAGGCAUGGGGCGCAGCGAGCAGGCGGAGAGUCUGUUGAGGGAGGCAGUGCCAGUGCUGGUCAGGGAGCAUGAGUUCUGGACGCAAGCACCGCAUGGCAUCACAGUGUACCACCCUCCCUCUGGGCGCUCGUUCAACCUCUCCCGCUACUAUGCCAUGUGGACCCGCCCUCGCCCUGAAUCCUUCCCUCAGGACACGGAGACAGCGCGCCUGGCAUCGCAGCGCCCCCUGCAGCAUCUGCAGCACCACGCCACCUCGCCGUGCGGGGCCUGGCAGGUGCAGGCGGCGUUGUUCAGGGAGCUGGCCACGGUGGCAGAGUCAGGCUGGGACUUCAGCUCGCGCUGGAUGCGUGACCCCAGCGACUUGACGAGCAGCCACCCCACGGCAGUACUGCCAGCGGACCUCAACGCGCUGCUCUUCCACCUCGAGACCAACGUCGCCGCGCUCGCCACCUCGCUGCUCUCCGCCCUCUCCUCCUGCCCCCACGCUGCCACUGCUGCGCCUGCUGAGGGGGCACAGGCGGCAGCAGUGAGUGGCGCAUGGCUGGCAGAGGUGGCGGCGCGCUUUGGGGUGCUGGCGGAGCGGAGGAGGGAGGCCAUGGACGUGAUGAUGUGGUGCCAGGGGGAGCAGACGCAGGGGGGAGGAGGGGUAGGUGACGCAGCAGCAGAGGGAGGAAGAGCGGCAGGGGGUGGCAACGAGCAAGUGGGGCGAUGGAGGGAUGUCUGGAUCCAACCGGGGGGCAGGGGUGUGGAGGAAGGUGGCACUGCUGCAGAUGCUGUGAGUGUGGGUGGGGAGCUGGAGCAGGGCCAGCAUCGGUGCAUGCGGCUCAUGAAUGGGUGGCUGUGGCACCACCUUGCGACGCCAGCACUUGUGCCAGCGGAGGGGCAGUGCAAGGGACUGCGCCAUCAGGCGAUGUGUACGCAUCUGAUUACAUCCCCCUGUGGUGACCCCCGUAUCGACCUUGUCGUUGCAUCGCUGCAGUCCUCCAAUCUGUUGCUGCCAGCUGGCAUUGCCACAUCAACGAGAUUUACGGGGCAGCAGUGGGACUACCCCAACGUGUGGCCACCCUUGCACCAUGCCAUAUGCGAGGCCCUACUCCUCACUGCCACGCCACGUGCAAUUGCUCUCGCACGCCCCCUCGCGCACCGCUUCCUGGCCACGGCACGCGAGGCAUUUGAGCGCACGGGGGCCAUGCAUGAGAAGUACGACGGCAGGCAGAGGGGCGCCGUGGGAAGUGGAGGCGAGUACAACCCACAGCUGCUGUGUCUGCACGGCUUCCCGUCCUUCUGGUACACAUGGAAGCACCAGUUCCACUUCUUCGCCAGUCGCGGGUACCACGUGGUGGCGCCGGAUCUGCGCGGCUACAGCUGGUCGGGCAAGCCGCCGGAGGUCGCGGCGUACAGCCGCGCGGCGCUGCUGUCGGACGUGGCGGCGGUGGCGGCGCACUUCGGCGUGCGGGAGGACGCGGACGGGCAGGCGCGCAGCAAGAUGGUGCUGGGCGAGCAGGUGGGGCAUGACUGGGGAGGCAACGUGGCGUGGGAGUUCGCACACGACCACCCCGCGCUGCUGCACGCGCUCGUCAUCUGCAACAUGCCUCACCCCUCCGCCUUCGGUGACGCCCUGCGCUCCAAGCCCACGCAGAUGCGGCGCAGCUGGUACAUCUGUGAGUCCCUGCGCGCCCCCACCCUGUCCCAUACGCCGCUUCUCCUCCGUUCAUUCCACCACCCCCGUGUUCCGCACACUCACUCAUCCCCUUCCCCCCCUCCCCCCGUGCGCAGUUCUCUUCCAGCUGGGCAGCCUGGGCGAGGCCUUCAUGUCGCUCAGCAAGUCAGUGCCGCGCUGCCCUCGCCAGCCCCCCUCACACCCAUGCACCGCGUACCCUGCCGUAUCAUGCGUCUGUUGCCAUCUCCCUUUACGUCCUUUUCUCAAUCCUUGUCGCCACCGUCCCUCAUGUCUUUCCUGUUCUCCCUUUUUCACGUCCCUGCCCGCCCCUUCUGCUGCUCUCUUGUCCAUGCGUGUGUGCGCCAUGUGGUGCGCUUACUGUGCGCUGUCAGCUUCUACAUGCUGCGCGGCGUCGUCCAGGGCGACCCCAAGGUGCCGCAGACCCAAGACGACGUGCAGCGGCACGUGGCAGCGUUCUCCAUCCCGGGCGCGCUCACGUGCGCCAUCAACCUGUACCGCGCUGCCUUCCACAAGCACUGGCUCCGCCCCGACACCUCCCACGCCACUGUGGAGGUGCCGGUGCUCAUGCUGUGGGGCGAUGACGACUGGGCAUUCAACCCGGACCUCUCCCAGCCGCCACCAGCCCUCGUGCCCGACUGCCGCGUUGUCCACUUCCCCCAGGCACGCCCCUUGCCCGCCUUCCCACACCAUCCGCACCCUUUUCGGCCAGCGUCCCUCCCUUUGCCCAUAUGUGGACACAGAGAGGCACAAGCUUGCAUCAACCCGCAUUCACCUCUCAAGCUUUAUUGCACACAUGCAGAUGGUGCGACUCAUGCAGUAGACGGCAAUGGUGUGUGGUGUGUGGUGCAUGGCAGGCGUCGCACUGGGUGA